AUGUAUUUCCCACGAUUCCUACUCCAAUUCCUAGCAGUAAUGGGUAUAUCCCGGGCUGCACAGUCCAGAGAAUCCUUCACAGUCUGCACAGUACCCGCAGCCGGUUCUACAAGUAUCGACGACGCACCUGCGAUUCUGGAAGCUUUCAGAAAAUGCGGACAUGGCGGAAAGAUCAUAUUUACAAAUACAACCUACCACAUUAAUAGUGUGAUGAACACAACUGGACUGCAAGACUGUGAGGUCGAUCUCCAGGGAACACUGCUGUGGAGCACGAAUAUCACUUACUGGCUAAACAACUCCCUUCCAGUCGGAUAUCAGAAUCAAAGUACCGCAUGGAUCAUAGGAGGCAAGAACCUUCAUUUCAACGGACAUGGAUAUGGGACUCUGAACGGUAAUGGACAGACAUGGUAUGAUUUCGUCGGAUCCGUAUCUAAUUAUCCACGUCGGCCCCAUGCUAUGACCGUAUCCGGUGCUACGGAUUCGAUCUUUGACGGAGUGCGAUUUGUUCGGAGUCAGAUGUGUGAUAUUGAGAGCUUCAUUAGGACCCUCUCCAUAAUCCACUCCCAACGAACAUCCUUUACAAAUAUCCACGUCAAUAAUACUGGAGAAAGCGGGACAGCCCACAACACUGAUGGCGCAGACACAAUCUAUAGCUCGGAUAUUACGUUCCGAAACUGGGAAGUCGUGAACGGAGACGACAGUAUAAGCCUCAAGGCUAAUUCAACCGACAUCCUGAUUGAGGAUUGUACCUUUUACAAUGGUCUCGGGGUUGCCAUUGGGAGUAUUGGACAGUACAAAGACGUUUAUGAGACCGUUGAGCGGGUUUUAGUGAAAAAUAUAACGUAUGAUAAUACGCUGCAUGCGGCGUAUGUUAAGACCUGGACAGGUGAGCAGGCUGGAUAUCCGCCCAAUGGGGGAGGUGGUGGUUUAGGUUAUGCCUCCCAUAUGAUGUUUGAGGGUCUUUCGGCUACGGCAUUUCGCGGUCCAGCUUUUGCGAUCUCGCAGUGUACUACCUUUUCUGGUGCUUCAGGAAAUUGCACCUCUUCAAAAUUCCAAUUGAAGGAUAUUGUUUUGAAGGACAUUGUUGGCACUUCGUCGAGUGGCGAGGUGGCUAGUUUGCAAUGUUCUGCUGUGGAGCCGUGUGAGAAUAUUACCAUUGCCGGGGUUGAUCUUACAUUCAGCAAUGGUACUCAGGUUGAUGACUAUCUAUGUGGAAAUGUUGACGGCACGUUUGGAUUCAAUUGUACCGGGGACGUAUGUGUGGGUAGUAGUGCUACUGGCGGGUGUUGA